AUGAAACCUCUGCUUCGUAAGAGAAAGACAGAACAAACGUCGGUGGUGAACGGGAAUGGUGGUGCUCAUUCAGACGUUGGUGGGCUGAUCCAAUUGGUGGAUGAUGAUCUGAAUCUGUUGGACGUGGACAUGGCUACUGAAUAUACUCGGGCCAAGAUCCCUGAAGAUGACAAAGUAAUCAAUGGGAUAAGGAAAUUGGGUGGUGGUGGUGGUGGUGGUAAGUCGUCGGCUGGAAUUAGCGGUGCAGACGCAACCUCGGCAACCCAUUCGCUCAAGAUUGUGGUGGCAAGCUCAGAGGGCUCCUUCUUUGAAGACCCAACUUUUUUGGUCGAACUCAAGACAAAACUCAAUGUCCAUGACAUCUUGGUAUCUCGUGCGGUGGAAGGGUCUGUCGAUAGGUUUGUCACGGUGUUUGGAGACCUCGACACCGUGUGCCGGGCUGCUAUCUUCAUCUCGUUCUGUUUGAAUGCAAAACUCAACAAUGUGGCCAGAAACAACUUGUUCACCCUCAAGUCUUCCAAUUACAGCUUGACGCUUCUUGUAGACUCGUUCGGUGACACGCGUUCGAAAGUAUACCAGCAGCUCAAAGAUGCUGCUUCGCAUCUUGUGGUGUACGACCAUUCGCCGCUGUAUGCCAGAAGCAACACCGUGGGCACCGUUUAUGUUCGAGGAGACUUCCAAGCGUUGUUUGGAUUCUUACGGACAGUAGUGUCUGUCUUUGCCGCCAGCAAGUAUGUUGAUGAUGACAAAAUAGUGCAACACCCAGUCACUGGGGUGUAUGGGAAUCCGGGGCUUUUCCAAAGACAACUGGUCAACACGGGUGUUCUCUCGGCCCUGACCCAAGCUGUUCUUCUGUACAUUUACCCAUCAGAGUAG